AAAGCUGCCCGCUAGGUAACGCCACGAACCUCUUUAACCGAUUUAAUCGAAUCCACGUAGAUCAACUAACCUAACCGAGACUCAAGAGAUUAUCUCCGCUUUAAUUGUAAGGUAAACGUAGAAAAUCGCGAUAACGUUUCGCCGUGUAACGCAAAUAUGGCGGACGAGAAAGUGCCGAUUCGCUAUUCGACGCUGACGGGCGCCCAAAUCCAGGUCGGCGCUGCCUUCACGAGCUUAUUCGGGCGCGACCCGGAUUUCUACGCCAGGGUACCCGGAAGAGUGAAUCUUAUCGGCGAGCAUAUCGACUACUGCGGAUACGGAGUGUGCCCGAUGGCGCUCAAUCAGCACAUCUUUAUAGCGGCCUUCGUUACCGACAGCGAUCGGACGCUGGAGCUUCGAAAUUUCGACGCCAAGUACGAGAAAUACCGUUGCGACUUGAACGAUAUCGAAAUUACCGUGGAGGGUAAGGCACCCCAUUGGUACCAAUACUUCCUAUGCGGGGUCAAGGGGGUGUUGGAGGCAUUACCGAUGGAAAAUGUGAAAGGCUUGAGGGUGAUGGUAAGCGGAAACGUACCGCAAGGGGCGGGGUUGUCUAGUAGCAGCGCACUUGUGAGUGCUGCCGCACUUACUGCGGCCUAUGCGUUUGGGAUGCCGCUGCACAAGGAAAAACUGGCCCAGCUGUGCGCGAACAGCGAACGGUACAUCGGAACGCAAGGGGGCGGCAUGGACCAGGCUAUAGCGUUCCUCGCCACCGACGGUUGCGCCAAGUUGAUCGAGUUUGAUCCGUUGAAGGCGACCGACGUCAGGUUGCCGAAGGGGGCGGUUUUCGUCAUCGCUCACAGCAUGACCAACCUGAACAAGGCCGCCACGGGAGAUUUCAACUGCAGAGUGGUCGAAUGCAGACUCGCGGCUCAGAUCAUGGCCAAGCGCAGAGGUCUCGAUUGGGCACAGUUGAAGCGCCUCGGCGAACUUCAAAAGGCGCUGCAACUGGAUCUGCAGGAAAUGAUCGCCUUGGUCGAAACCGUACUCGAUAAGGAGUCCUACACGAAGGUGGACGUGCUGAGCGAGCUAGACACUGCCGCCGAACAGUUGGAAGUGACGUCUUUAACCCCAAACACCAAGCAUAUCGACUGUUUCAAACUGAAACAGAGGGCGUUGCACGUUUUCAACGAAGCGUUACGGGUACGAAAGUUCUACGAAACCUGCCAGAAAGGCUCCGGUGACGACGACUCCCUGGCUACCCUGGGGACGCUCAUGAGCGAGAGCCACGACAGUCUCAGAGACCUAUACGAGUGCAGCCACCCGCAGCUCGAUCGCAUCGUGACCCUCUCGAAGGGGUUAACUCUAGGCACCCGGUUAACAGGAGCGGGAUGGGGCGGCUGCACCGUCUCGUUGGUGGCCCCCGACAACGUCCAUCGUUACGUGGAGUUCCUGAAGGAAAACUUUUACGCCCCCCUGGGGGUGAAGUCCGACUUCGAGGACAUCGUUUUCCCCACAUUUCCAGAAUGGGGCGCACAAAUUUUACUCUGCUAGGAUUUGUAUUGUUUUUAU